GAAUGAGAAUGUAAAAGAUCCAUCACGGAACUAGCAUAAAUAUCGAUGGUUUGAGCAUGAUCUGUCACUUGAUUUGUCUGCCCCUUAGGAUUACAUAGGCUCCUGCUUUCCUUUAUUCUUCUCAAGAUCGAACUAGAUUAAACAAAUCAUCAUGUGUGACGACGAUGUUGCCGCUCUUGUCGUCGACAACGGAUCCGGUAUGGUGAAGGCCGGAUUCGCCGGAGACGACGCCCCAAGGGCUGUCUUCCCAUCCAUCGUUGGCAGACCCCGUCACCAGGGUGUCAUGGUCGGCAUGGGACAGAAGGACAGCUACGUCGGAGACGAGGCCCAGAGCAAGAGAGGUAUCCUCACCCUGAAGUACCCAAUUGAGCACGGUAUCGUCACCAACUGGGACGAUAUGGAGAAGAUCUGGCAUCACACCUUCUACAACGAGCUCCGUGUUGCCCCAGAGGAGCACCCCGUCCUCCUUACCGAGGCUCCCCUCAACCCCAAGGCCAACAGGGAAAAGAUGACACAGAUCAUGUUCGAGACCUUCAACUCACCCGCCAUGUACGUCGCCAUCCAGGCCGUGCUUUCCCUCUACGCCUCUGGACGUACCACUGGUAUCGUUUUCGACUCUGGUGAUGGUGUUUCACAUACCGUGCCAAUCUACGAGGGUUACGCCCUCCCCCACGCCAUCCUCCGUCUGGAUUUGGCUGGACGUGAUCUCACAGACUACCUUAUGAAGAUCCUUACCGAGCGUGGCUACUCUUUCACUACUACCGCUGAGCGUGAAAUCGUUCGUGAUAUCAAGGAGAAGCUCUGCUACGUUGCUCUUGACUUUGAGCAGGAGAUGCAGACUGCUGCCUCAUCCUCCUCCCUCGAGAAGAGCUACGAGCUUCCCGACGGACAGGUCAUCACCAUCGGUAACGAGCGAUUCCGUGCCCCAGAGGCUCUCUUCCAGCCAGCUUUCCUUGGAAUGGAAUCCGCUGGAAUCCACGAGACCUGCUACAACAGCAUCAUGAAGUGCGAUGUUGACAUCCGUAAGGAUCUGUACGCCAACACUGUUCUGUCUGGAGGCUCCACCAUGUACCCAGGAAUCGCCGACAGGAUGCAGAAGGAGAUCACCGCUCUUGCCCCACCAACCAUGAAGAUCAAGAUCAUCGCUCCUCCCGAAAGGAAAUACUCCGUAUGGAUCGGAGGCUCCAUCCUUGCCUCUCUCUCCACCUUCCAACAGAUGUGGAUCAGCAAGCAGGAAUACGAUGAGUCUGGCCCAUCCAUCGUCCACAGGAAGUGCUUCUAAACAAAUCGCUUUUUGUGAACAAACUUCCGAACAUAAACUUUGCUAUACGAGAUGAUUCUUUUUUGCCUCGUUGAUGAUGAUCACGGAUAUUCCUUAAUAUUUCAGUAUGAACGAUUGCGACCAACCCAGCAAAAAUCUUUCAUCUAUGCAAUAAUGACAAUAAAGUGGGUUUUUAAAAUCAAUGAACCUUCUCUUUAACGGAACGACCAAACUGACGCUUUCUCAGAAGUUGGAGAUAAUACGACAAUCUUUGAAAAUAACUGUAAUGCUGUAAUUACAAAUAUCUUAAAGGUACUAUAUAACAAUCUUAUAUACUAACUGGUUCAAUUAUGAAAUGGUCUAUUUCAAACUCCUGGAGAACUUUUUUAAAAUAUUAAUUUUGAGGCAGGAAGUUUAUUGUUAAGUGGUGUAAUAAUGUGCCCCUGACAUGUUUCUGUUCUUUGUACACGUUUUGUAAGCAAUGACGGGAUGCCUAAAUUGCCACAAAUCAUUUUCUUUUUUUAAAGAAAUAUUUGUUAUUGUUAAUCUAAAUACCAAGAAAUCCUUAAAAAAAAACAUUCAAAGAUUAUUAUUUAUAACAUGAGAGCUGCUAAUAACUAAUACUUUGUUUGAAAUGUUUCAAGCCGUUACAAGGUAUCGUCAUAUAUUAAUAUAUUAUAUUGUAUACACUAUUUCAUAUAAAAAAUAUGAAUUCUGAAUAUAUAUGUAUUUUGUAAAUAAAUUUAUACAGAUGUUCAUACAUUAUAA